AUGAACUUUGAGAGACAACUCUAUGAAAUAUAUCAAGUUGACCCAGAUCAAUUGCACAAAAAUAUGAAUCAAGAUAAUCUCAUUCUUUUAUGCCAAUUGGCAGAUCAGAGUGAUAAUGAAAUUACAUUACAAAUUGUUGGGAGCUUGGUUUCAACUUACAUCGAUUAGAACCAUCAAAAUACACCAGAAUUUGCAAAGAUAUUUGAAUUUGCAUGGAAUAGAAUCAAAAGAUUUACUACAAAUUCACGUCCAGUCUAUCACUUUUUUGCUUCCAUCAUUGCCAAUAUCAUAUUACACUUUUAUGAUCAAAUCCCUGUGUAAUAUUUUAAAGAACAAGCCUAAAUAAUGAACAAAUAAGUGUAUCUCAUCAUCAUUGAUACAGUAUUAAGAAGAUUACAACCAUAAGAACGAGUUGGUGAAUUCAGGAUCCUAGAUUCAAAGCAAAAAAUAGUCAGACAACAAUUCUUUAAGCACAACCUUGAUUUCUUUCUUGAAAUCAUAACUACUAGUUUGAUUGGAAACAAUAGCAAUCCUGAUUUACAAUUGUUGGAUAGUGCAAUUGACUUGUUAAAUUUGUUGUUGUCUUCAGAAAUUAAAGAGGAUAUUAAAGAGAAAGACUGGCAUAACAUCAAAAGAGCUGAAGUGAAAAACAAAAGGAACUUAUAAACCAUUAUGAGGGAAAUCAAAUCCUAAAUUCUGGAUCAGAAUGAACUUGAAAAGAUGAUACAAAAUCAACAUUUAGAUCACAUGGAUCCAAUCACCAAUCAUAUUAAAAUGGUUUGGUCCAUUGUCAAAUAUUAGUAAUUCAUUGCUAAAAUGACUGAAUUAUUACCUUUAAAUAUAAAGAUAUGGGAAUCUCUUGGUAAAAUUUGUAAAAUAUACUAAAAGUACUAUUCCAAUGAUAAAGACAGCAUUGAUAUAAUCUUUUAAAUCACAUCAAAAAUCAUGGUAUCAGACAUAUCAAAAAUUAACUCAAUAAAUUUACUCAAUUUUGCAGGUAAGACAAUCUUUGCCAAUCACACUCCACAAUGGAUUGAGUUCAAUCUAAAUUUAAUCAAAAACUUAAAUACCAUAGAGGCUGUUUAAGUUGGACUCAAGUUUCUCAGAAAUCUAGUGAGGUUUCAGAGAUAAUAUGACUAUAGUUAAUUACAUACUUUUGUUAUGCCCAUAAUUACAAGCUUUUUUAAUUCUUGGAUUGUGCAAAACAACCAAUGGGGUAAUGAUAAAUUUUUAAGAAACAAUAUCAAACACAUAUUGAAAGAAAUCAGUUGCUUUAUGAUUGAAUAAUAUUUAGCAUUCUUCGCCUAGAUGAUUCAAUUAAAUCCUGAAUAAAGUAUAAAGGAAAUGGCUUUUAGGUAUUACUCAAUCGGAUUAUUCGCAUCCAUUAAAUGCACAACAUAUCAAUUAGAUGUUACGAAUAAAUUGUAAUUCUACAAGAUGGAAUAAUUUCUAUAUCCAAUCAACCUAGAUCUGUUCAAACAAUUUCAGUAUUAAGAAUUCUACAGUAAGGCCUUUGAUUUCGCAUUCUUAUACUUGAAUAACCAAUCCCCUUAUACAGAUAGGUUCUUAUAUAAAUUUUGGAAGGUUCUGUUUGAUCAGUAGACUUUGAUAAAAUUUGAAGAAAUAGUAUAGAAAAUAUAAAUAGAUAGAAAAAUACUGUUUAAUUUUAGUAGAAUAUUUUUAUUUAAUGAUCAAGAUUUGAUAUAGAAGGCCUUAAGGGUAUUUGUCAAUGCUAAAAUUAAAAUGGAAGAUCAAUUUUAUUAAAUCAAUCAAAUCAAUAUCCCAAAGGAAUGUUUUUCUGACUUUCAUGAGUUUCGCAUCAUUCCCAACUAAAAGAUUAUUACUCUCUAUCACAAAGUCAAAAUGUAUUUGCUCAAUGUUUAAAAUGAAUCUAUUCAUGAUCAAUUAGUAUCUGAGCAAUUAAUAUAGAAAUUUAAAAAUGAUGUUCUUCAGUUUAUGGAUUAAAUUUAAAUCACUCGAGACAUUGUUUUUAUUUUGUAGAGCAUGUUGAAUGAAAACGUAAGGAGUUUAUAUGGAGUCAUUAUGCAAAUAAUAGACGAUAAAGGCUAUUUGAAAUUAUUUGCAUAGGCAGUCGAUUUGGAUAUGCUGAAAUUAACCAGAAUGAUGAUAAAUACAACAGGGUAGAUUGGACAAUUGAAGUAAGUUAUGGUUGAUCAACUUUAUGAAUGGAUUUUACUGGUAGUUUAGAAAGUACAAAUUCAUCUAGAUUCUAUAAACAGGGAAUUCAAUUAAGAAAGACAAUUAGGAUAAAAGAGUAUCUAAAAUAUAUACAAACUUUAUUACAAACCCCUGCUAUAAUUAUUAAAGAUAUUCGAAAAUUUAAAAUACCUUAAUCGAUUAUUAACAAGCAAAAAGCAAGUCAGAAUUUAGAUUUAUCAAUCAAUUUUACUAAUUUUCAAAUACAUUAAUCUCAAUGAUCUAAGCAACUACAUUCACAAAAUGUCAUCAUUAUUCUAUGUUAUCCAAUGGUUAUUGGAAUUUGAAAUUACGAGAUAAAUGAUAACUGAUGAGAUAUUCGGAAAUAUUUUAGAUUUUAUCAACUGUGCGUUAUUAAUACAGGAGAAACGAUCCCUGAUGACCUGCUUAAAGAUAAUCUCAGAUAUCUAGACAUAUGAUUAGUUUAGCCAUUCUUAAUAUAUUUAACAGAGAUUAGUUGCUGAGAAUUGUUUGUUUGGUGCCUUUUUGUAUAACAUAAGAAUCUCCGAUAUAUCAGUCUUGACUUUAAGGUACUUUUAAAGAAUGCCCAAUGAUUUUACUGUUCUAUUCUCUAAACUUAAACAGAGAAUGCAACCGUAUAAAAGUCAAGAAUGGGAUUAGAUUAUAAAUGUCAAAUUAGAUAAGCUGUACUCAAUCAUUCCAAAAUAAUAAUAACUUAUUAAGGCAACAGCUUCAAACAAAUAAAUUGAAAAAACCUUCCAGGAAUAUUUUUAUUAAGUAUAAUUAUUUUAUAAUUAUUAUCCAUGA